UGUGUGUGUGUGUGUGUGUGUGUACGUCUUUGUCCGCAGCCGCUCUGUCCCAAGCGGGCGCGCGGGCAGGACCUCCCCGGGCAGCCUCCCGGGGCCAUGCGCCGCUGGCACGCCGCCGUCGCGGCGGUCACCGCGCUCGUGCUCGCCGGCGUGUGCGUCGAGGACUACGCGGUGGCGCUGCUGCAGACUGCGGCCGCUGCGGCGGGCCCGCCCGGCCAGGCCACGCCGGGGGGCGGACCGCUGCGGGGCAGCGGGGCCGAGGGGCCGCUGGAGGCCCCGCCGGGGGGCGGCCUGCGCGCCCUGCGGCCGUGCUUCUCGGCCUGCGGCGGGCUGCUGGAGGACGGCGGCGCGCCGGGCGGCCCGCUCACGAAGAAGUGCGUGCCGGUGGGCAGCCCGGUGGUGUGCGACGAGGACUUUGCGGGCAGCGGCGCCUCCUUCGCCAUCUCCGUGGACCGCGGCACGACGGUGUGCGCGCGCCGGGUGGACGCUGCCAGCGGCUGGGGCGCGGACCUGGAGGUCACGUGCAGGCUGCAUCAAGGCGUGGUCGUCUCGAUCGGCAUGAGCUCGGCGAGCCAGAAGUGCGUGGCGGCCGUCGGCCCCAUGUCGUGCGCGGUGGACGCGGGCGACCGAGGAAUCCGGGUAAACGCGGACUUCUCCAGCAGCGCCGACGUCUUCCACAUCUCGGUGGCCAACGUGACACAGGUGUGCGCACAGCGAGCGGAGUCGAGCGAGGGCUGGGGCAUGAACCUGCAGAUCGUCUGCUCUCUGGGCCAGGCCAGGGGCAGCAGCAGCAGUGCCGAGGCUCCUGGAGGUGGCGCCGCGGCCCCAGCGGCGACUGGCGGGGCAGGGCCCGCCGCGGCGGAGCCCAGCACCGCCCACGGGGGCCCGCCCGCGCCCCCCGGUGGGGCCGUGCCCGCCGCGGCCGAGCCGGGCGCCGCCGAGGAGGCCGCGGUGAACGAGGCGCACCGCGCGCAGCAGAACGCCGACCUCUUCCGCCACCACAAGCGGGCGCCAGGAGGCUGGGCCAGGUCGGGCGGUGAGCCGCUGCUGGACCUGGGCAGGUGCUCCCAGGACUACCCGGCGUUCGCGUCCUACCUGGACCGCCGCUUCGGCAACAGGUCGCUC